GAGAUGUUGUGUGAUUCCUCCACGCCACACGUCAUUAUUUGAGUGGUGGUUAAGAUAUCUAGAGUUUGGAUAGAGCCACACAUGACAUGUAACCAAAAUUGCAAUCCACAUUGAUUCUUCAAACUGUCUUCUCUUCCAAACCACAUUCACCUGUAAAUUGUAAUGGCCAUUUCAUGUUCUGCAGACUGGUCUCUAGCUUGCACAAGAACUCACGUGCAUUCAUUCAUCCCCACGUGCCACUUCCCUUCCUCGUACAAUGUCUCAUCAUACUCCUCCUCCAAUCCACGGUUCUUCAGUGCAAACUCCUCUGCCUCUCCCACACCCAUCUUAGAAGAAGCAUCAAAUUCCAACACCCCCAUGCUAGAUGUAGAUAAUGUUAACAACAUUGCUGGUUCUCAUCAGCAAUAUUCCAACCCAGGAACAGAGAACUUGAAUGAGUUUCUAUGCGGGUUGUUUCAGGAUCCAAAAACUGAGGAACUUGCAUUUGACUACUACCAAAGAUUGAAAGACAGGCCAGUGUUUAGACCAGAGAAAUCAACUUUGAAGCAUGUGAUCAGGUAUUUGAUGAGAUUUAAGAAAUGGGAUUUCAUUUUAUCAGUUUCUGAAGACUUUAAGAUUUAUCAUGUGUUGCCGGAUGGAGCUACUUGCUCUAAAUUGAUUGAGUUCUGCAUCAGACAAAGAAAGUUCAAGAUUGCUGAGACCCUUCUGAAUGCUUUUAAAUCUGAUAGUGAGGUUGCUGUGUUUGCAUUUGGUUCUGCCUUGAGAAAUUAUAACAAGCUACAUAUGUUUAGGAGAACUGUUUUAGUCUUUGAGAAAUUGAAAUCAAAUAGUGUUGUUUUGGAUUCAAGAGGCUAUUCACACAUUAUGGAAGCUUACUCUAAACUUGAUGAUUGUGAGAGUGUGGUGAAAUUGUUUCAUGAAUUUGAAAGUAGGAAUUUGAGAGACUCAAAAAGAUACUUAGGUCAGAUAUAUGGGGUUCUGUGUGAGUCAUUAGGAAAGUGUGGAAGAGUUUCUGAAGCACUUGAGUACUUCAGAGAGAUGACAAAGAAAGGGAUUUUUGAAAGUUCUGUUUACUCUACCUUGAUAUGCUCUUUUGCAAGUUUGCACAAAGUUGGUGAGGUUGAGGAGCUUCUCAGAGAAGCUAAAAGCAGAACAAAGAUAAAGGAUCCUGAGGUUUAUCUAAAGCUUGUGAUCAUGUAUGUUGAAGAGGAUUUAUUGGAGAAGACUUUGGAAGUUGUUGAGGCAAUGAAGGAUGCUGAUGUCAAGGUUUCUGAUUGUGUGCUGUGUGCUGUUGUUAAUGGCUUCAGCAAAAGAAGAGGGUUUUCAGCUGCAGUUAGAGCCUAUGAGAAGCUGAUUUCUCAGGGCUAUGAGCCAGGACAAGUCACCUAUGCUUCGGUUAUAAACGCGUAUUGCCGGCUCAGUCAAUACAACAAAGCAGAGAAGGUGUUUGAAGAAAUGGAGCAAAAGGGGUUUGAUAAAUGUGUUGUGGCUUAUUCAAGCAUGAUUGUGAUGUAUGGCAGAAGUGGGAGACUGAGAAAUGCAAUGAAGUUGGUGGCUAAGAUGAAAGAAAGAGGGUGUAAACCAAAUGUGUGGGUCUACAAUUCCUUGAUAGACAUGCAUGGAAGGGAGAAGAAUUUGAGGCAGCUUGAGAAGCUGUGGAAUGAAAUGAAGAGAAGAAAGGUAGCACCUGAUAAGGUGAGUUACACUAGCAUGAUUGGAGCUUAUAGUAAGGCAGGUGAAUUUGAAACAUGUACAGAACUUUUUAAUGAGUAUAGGAUCAAUGGGGGAGUGAUUGAUAGAGCCAUGGCAGGUAUAAUGGUUGGCGUGUUCUCGAAGGUUGGUCAGAUUGAUCAACUGGUGAAGCUCUUACAAGACAUGAAAAUGGAAGGAACAAGGUUGGAUCAGAGGCUGUAUCAGUCUGCUUGGAAUGCCUUUAUAGAAGCUGGUUUGCAACUUCAAGCAAAAUGGUUGCAAGAGAGUUUCCAUGUAAGUUAAUUUUCUAAAGCUGAAAUAUUUCAAUCCUGUGGGCAAUUUGAUACUUGUUUCUGCUAGCACUUGGAAAAAGUAGAUAUCUAUCAGCUAUACAUGUUGUAUAGGUUUUGGGGCUGAAAAGCUCUUCCAUUAUGAUCCAGUGCUUCCAAAUUGUAAACAACUUUUUGUAGUGACUUCCGUAAGAGGAUUGAAAUCACAUGUCCUCUUGUACGUUCCUUCAAUGAAAAUAUUGUUAGAAUUUUUUAUUCUAA